CGAAGCACGCAAAUUAUAGCACGAGGCUGUCACCGGCGCAUUCGAUACGGAUUUCAUAAUUUUUCGCGGUCUAAAAUUCACAACUAUCAGUUUUCGGAGCAAGCCUUUUUUCAGACCAAUUGAACAAACGUGUUUCUAUCUGUGUGGCUGGCCACCGUACGCCCUCAGCUUGCCUCUCGUUGCAGGUUUUUUUGAGAAGCCUUAAAAACACGCGUGAGUGAGUUCCCUCAUCAGUCGAGAUGGCACCGUGGUUGGAGUACUUCCUCUGGGGAACUCUCUCCUUGUACAUCACCCUUCCAUUCGGCCUUGCUGUGCUGGCCUACAUCAUCGCCUCCCUCUGCUCCAUGAAGGCGCGCUCCAACAAACAAGUUAAAGGAUUCGGCGGCCCUACUUCUCACUGGCUGAAGGGGAACAUCAAUGACAUAACAUUUGAUGGACAUGGUCUCGCGUUUCACAUACGCUGCACAGAGCGCUUUAAGACGGCUUACAGGGUCUGGUUUGGCCCGCUUAGGUCUGCUCUCGUGCUCUGUCACCCGGACACUGUCAAACCGGUCUUGUCCAAAAACGCCCCAAAAGAGAGGUUCUUCUACAAGUUUCUCUUCCCCUUUCUGGGCGAUGGACUAGGUCUACAGGAAGGCGCCAAAUGGUGGAACACUCGCAAACUCGUCACGCCUGCAUUUCAUUUCGACAUCCUCCGCCGAUAUGUGCCUAUCUUUCAGGAAUCUGCAAAAAUUCUCGUGGAGAAAUGGUCCCAGGCUUGCGGACCGAGUGGCCGUAAAGUGGAGCUUUUCCAGGACAUCAGUCUGAUGACUCUUGACUCCGUCCUCAAAUGCGCCUUCAGCUACUCUAGCAACUGUCAGACCGAGGGGAGACAUGACAAAUAUAUCAAGGCAAUCAAUGGCAUCGCGAAGGCUCUACUAGACAGGCUCUUGAAUCCAUUUUAUCACUUUGACUGGCUGUACCGACUGACGCCUGCGCGGAGCAAAUUCAUGAAGUAUUGUGAUCUCAUCCAUCAAAAAUCUGACGAGGUUAUUGAAAGCCGUCGACUCCUACAAAAGUCACCAUGUAAUGGUCACCACAAACGAAGCUACCGGGACUUCCUGGAUAUUCUACUUGAGGCAGAGGAUAUUAACGGCAAUGGGCUGAACAACGAGAAUAUUCGCGCCGAGGUGAACACAUUCAUGUUUGCGGGGCACGACACAGUGGCUAGUGCGCUUUGUUGGACUCUGUACUGUCUUGCCGCGAACGAGGAGCACCAGCGCAUUUGCCAAAAGGAGAUAGACGAGUGCUUCGCCAACAAACCGAGUGAAGACCUGGACUGGGAUGACAUCAACAAUAUGAACUAUUUGAGCAUGUGUAUGAAAGAAUCCAUGCGACUGUUUUCUCCCGUGCCUGUGAUUGGUCGGACACUUGACGAAGAGUACGUGAUUGACGGAAAGCGUGUCCCGGAAGGCACCUUUGUUCUUGUCUGUAUCUACGCAGUUCACAGAAACCCACAUGUCUGGGAAAAACCACAGAUGUUUAACCCAAGAAGAUUUGAGACGGAUACGGUAGAGGGGCGUUCGGCUUACGCCUUCAUCCCAUUCUCAGGGGGGCCUAGAAACUGCAUGGGCAAGAACUUUGGUCAGACGGAAAUGAAGACAAGUCUUGCCACCAUACUACACAAGUUCGACCUUUCCGUGGAUCCUGAGGAUCUCAUCCACGAAGAAGACGAUCUCUUCCCAGAACUGGUCUUACGGAGCAAGAAUGGAGUCAGGAUAAACGUCAAGCCACGGGCUUCCUGUGGUUAGAUCCGCCCUAGUAUCCACGGGGCCUGGACCUAAUAUAUUUAUUACAAUUUUAACAAAGUAGUGGGCAAUUUAACAUUACUGCUCUUGCGAGAAAUUAAAGACAGUUAGCUGGACGGCGGUGGAAUAGAGUUUCCUGUGUCAUAAUAGUGAAAUGGAGGAUCUAAGAUUUCUCAAUCAAAACUUCAAACAGUCAAGUUAAAUUGCUGUGCGAAAAUGACAAAAAAUUGCAUGUUUACAGUUAUCGAUUUAUAGAUUGCGCUAAGACGGAGUAAAAGAUAAAAUAGUGACUGAUUAACUGGUAAGAGACCAGAGGGUUUGCGCAAGGAGAGAUAUGCAAAGAUUACGAUAUUUUGCUGUGAUAAGAAAAUAACCCUUUUAGGCGGUAGAGGGCAAGUGUACCGACUCCUAGCUUCGCGCUAGUGAGCAUUUUUCUUAACGUCUGUAUAGAAAAAGGGAAUUGGAAAUUAAGGGGGCGGAGGCAACAAUACUUGUCUGUAUUUGUCGCUAUGUUCGUCUCUGUCUUUUAGUCACGAAUUGCUUUUUUAAACCUUGCCGUUUACCGAAAAGCCAUCUAAUUAUCAUAUUACAUUAUCAAUAACGCUGUGAUGCGUUCCAACUAUAUAUGCUUUGUUACGAAGUUCGGUAGUAACCACAGUUACAUCUAUGGGAGUAUCUUGUUUAGAGAUUUUUUAAACUUAUCAUAUAUCCAUGUAUGAAUUGUAUAAUUACAUAGGCUCAUCACAUGUUCUAUCCUCUAAUAUAAAAGCACUUAGAGUAAUACUCACUGGGGCGGAUCCAGGAUUUCUCGAAGGGGAGGGGGGGCUGGGGCAUAUUGAAGGGAGAGGAGGGGGCGUCAGCAAAUGUAACACAUAUGUCGGGUGGUACUUGUGAACUUCAGGAAUUCAUUUGUUUUAAAAUUUUGGUGGAAGGGGACUUUCAUCGAACCCCUGGAUCCGCCACUGGUUUACUCUAACUUUGGGAUGGGUCGGGGCAACCAAUGUGUUUUAUAUAGUGAAAGCCCACUCUGGGAACUCGACAUUGUCGCCACGGGGCUGGUCGCUCAUGAGAGUGGGCUCUCGUGACCAACCACGCCCUUCAAAACAAUGUAAGCUGAUAACCAAAACCAGAUUGGUAACGAUAAAAAACAAUAAACCAUGUUUAAGUAUAA